AUGGCCAGCGUGCAAGAGCCCCUUAUCCCGGAAAGCAAUGUGCUGCCCACAGAUGCACCAGUUGAGCCUAUUUCAUCCAUAGAUGAGAAGCCCACUGCUGAGGCAGAUCUGAGCGAAUCGACGGCCACGCUCGUUGAGCCCGACUCUACACAACAAUCCAAAGAUUCAACCAAACCCGAGGUCCCCAUGACCGCCGCGGAAAAGAAGAAGGCCAAGAAGGCAAAGAAGAAGCAGCAAAAGAAACAGGAGAGUGUUAGCUCCAUUGCUUUGGAAGCCGAGAAGACUCCUGAAGAGUCUCCCGCAGAGCCUGCAGUGGAGGAAUCAGCACCAGUUGAAGCUUCCAAGGAGGCUGGACCCGCUGCUGAGCCAGUGGUUGAGGAAAAGCCUGCCGCUGAACCAACCACAGCAGAACCCGAGGCUGCUGAGAAGGCCGCCGAGCCCGUCACAGAAGAAUCGAAGACUGCCGAGGCCGUUCCGGAAACUGUUGCAGAGCCUGUCGAAGAAUCCAAGGCCGUGGAAGAGGUUGCUAAGCCCGCCACAGAAGAGUCAAAGACCGAGGCCGUUCCUGAAGUCGCCGCUGAGCCGAUCGUCGAAGAGACUCCCGCUGCGGAAGAAAUCAAGACCGCCGAGGAGGUUGCGCCCACCACCGAGGAGAAGCCUGUCGAAGAAAAGACUACCGAGGCCGCUGCCGAAACUGCUGAGCCUGCCGCCGAAAAGCCGGCCGAAGCUGCUGUGGAAGAAUCCAAGGCUGUGGACGAUAUUGUUGAACCCGCUAAGGAAGUGUCAAAGACCGCCGAGGCCGUUCCUGAAGCUGUUGUGGAAGAAAAGACCACCGAGGUCGUUCCUGAAACCACGGAAGCCGCUAAGGAAGAGACUCCCGCUGAAGCUGCGGUGGAAGAAUCUAAGGCUGCGGAGGAUAUCGUUGAGCCCGCCAAGGAAGAGUCAAAGACCGCCGAGGUCGUUCCCGAAGCUGCUGUGGAAGAAAAGACCACCGAGGUCGUUCCUGAAACCACGGAAGCCGCUAAGGAAGAGACUCCCGCUGAAGCUGCUGUGGAGGAAUCGAAGGCUGUGGAGACCGUUCCUGAAGUCGCCCAGGUGGCGCCCGCCGUCGGAGAAUCCAAGACUGCCGAGGAGGUUGCUGAGCCCGCUACAGAAGCCGCCACGGAAGAAAAGCCCACCGAGACUGCCCCCGAGGCUGCCGCAGAAUCCAAGGCCGAGGAGGCUGUUCCUGAAACCGCUCAGGAUGCGCCCGCCGUCGAGGAACCUAAGGCUGAGGUUGCUGAGCCAACUACCGAGGAGAAGCCUGCCGCUGAAGAAAAAGUUGUCGAGGCCGCUCCUGUGACUGUCGCAGAGCCUGUCGAAGAAACCCCCGCUGUGGAAGAAUCUAAGGCUGAGGUUGCUAAGCCUGCCACUGAAGAAAAGGUUGCUGAGGCCGCUUCCGAAACUCCUGCCGUGGAAGAAACCAAGACCGAGGAGGUUGUUCCUGAAAUCGCCCAGAAGACUCCCGCCGUCGAAGAACCUAAGGCUGAGGUUGCUGAGCAGACCACCGAGGAGAAGCCUGCCACCGAAGAGAAGGUUGCCGAGGCCGUUUCUGAAACUCCCGCUGCCGAAGAAACUAAGACCGCCGAAGCUAUUCCUGAAGUUGCUCAGGAGACGCCUGCUGUCGAGGCCGCCGUUGAAGAAUCCAAGACCGCCGAGGUUGCUGAACCCACUGCUGAGGAGAAGCCUGCCACUGAGGAAAAGGCCGCCGAGGCCGCCCCUGAAACCGUGGCUGAGCCUGUCAUCGAAGGAGCUCCUGCCGCCGCUGCAGCUGCCGUGGAAGAAAAUACGACUGAGGUCGUUCCUGAAGCCACCGAAGCUACCGAAGCCGCCAAGGCUUCCGCUGCUGAAGCUGCCGUGGAAGAAUCCAAGGCCGUCGAGACUGCUCCUGAAAUCAUCCAGGAAACACCCACAGUCGAGGAAUCUAAGGUUGAGGAGGUUGCUGAGCCUACCACCGAGGAAAAGCCCACCACUGAAACCGCCACGGAAGAGGUCAAGCCCGCCGAGGCCGUUGCUGAAACCGUCGCUGAACCAGUCGUUGAGGAGACUCCCGCCGCUGAGGCUGCUGUGGAAGAAAAGACCACCGAGGUCGUCCCUGAAGCCACCGAAGCCGCUAAGGAAGAGACUCCCGCUGCUGCUGCCGUGGAAGAAUUCAAGGCCGUGGAAGCUGUUCCUGAAACCGUCCAGGAUACCCCAGCUACUGAAGCAGCUGUGGAAGAGUCCAAGCCUGCUGAGGAGCCAGUGGCCGAGAAGGCGGUCCAGGAACCGGUUGUGGAGGCAGAGGCCGAGAACAGUGCUGACACCACCACCGCCGUUCCAGAGACUGCUACAGAGGCAACUGCUGUGGAGCCGACUGCCGAGGUUUCCGAGCCCAAGGAGGAAGUCAUCUCUGAGCCCACCAAGGAGGUGGCCGAGGAGGCUCCUGCUGAGCAGACUGCCACUAAGGAAUUGGCUGCCGAGCCAGUCAAGGAGACUGAGGUUGUCGAGCCGGUUCCCGAGCAGACUGCCGAAGCUGCUAAGGAGUCUGCUGUAGAGGAGCCUGCUAAGGUUGCUUCCGUGGAGACUAUCACCGAGCCCGCCACCGAAGCAGCUAAGGAGCCUGCCGCCGUUGUCGAGGAGGCUACUACUGAGAAGGUCCAGGAGCCUGCUGAGGUCGAGUCUGUCCAAGAGACCACCGAAAAGGCCACGGCAGAGGUGCCAGUUGUGGAGGAGCCUGUGGCUGAAACUGCUAAGGACUCUACUCCUGAGGAGUCCGCCGCUGUUGAGACCGCCGCUGCUCCCGAGGCCGCUGCUGCCACUGCUAUCGCCGAGGAGUCUCCCGCUGUUCCUGACGCCGCUGAAGCUGCUGCUGUUGAGGCUGUCGCUCCCGAGGCUGCUGCCGCUGCUCAUACCACUGAGGAGGCUCCUACUGUCCCUCAGGCUGCCGCUGCUAUCGUCGAGGAAAACGCCGCUCCUACUGAGUCUGUGCAAGAAUCAGUGGAGGAGGCUAUCCCCGCUGAAACUGCUAAGGAAGUCGCGGUUGAGAAGCCUGAAGCUACUAAGGCUGAGGAAGUAACUGAGCAGACCACCGAAGAGCCCGUUGCCGAGACCCCUGCUGCAGAGCCGGUUGUCGAGGCUGCUCCCGUUGUUGAAGAGACUCCUGCUGAAGAGCCUGCUAAGGAACUUGCCGCCGAGGAGCCCACCAAGGCUUCUACUGAGACUCCUGCUGUUGCUGAUGUUACUGCGGACAAGGCCGAGAAGGCCGAGGAGAAGCAACCCGAAGCUGAGGCUGUUGCUGAGCCAGUUGUCGCUGAACAGACUGAGACUGCUGUUGCUGUCGAAGAGCCAGUUUCUCAAGUUCCUGAGCCUGCUGCUGCCGAAGAGAAGGCUGUGGAGGAGCCAGUCGCUGUUGCAGAGACUGUUGAAACCGCUGCCAUUCCCGAGCCUAAGGCUGAGGCUGUUACAGAUGAGCCCGCUGUUGCUGAAACUGCUGCUAUUGAAGGAAAGGCCAUCGAUGAGCCAGUCACUGUUGCAGAGACUGUUGAAGUCGCUGCUGCUCCUGGGCCUGCGGCUGAGGCUAUUAUCGCCGAGACCGCUGUCGCUGGAACAGCCGCUGUUGAAGAAAAGGUCAUCGAUGAGCCUGUUGCUGCUCUCGAAACCGCGGCCGAGUCCACCGCUGAGCCUGUUUCUGAAAAGACUCCCGAGGUGGCACCCGCUGUGGAAGAAUCUGCCAUUGAGGCACCAACUACCGAGAAGGUUGAGGGUGUGAAGGCCGAGAAGGUUGAGGGUGUGAAGGAGCUCGCCACUGUCGAGCCAACCACCCAAGCUACCGAAGUUGCCGAGGCACCGAUUGUGGAAGAACAGAUUGCCGCUGAGCCUGUGAAGGCUGAGGAGCCCAGAAAGCCCCCCGAGGCUACUCCAGUGGAGGAAUCUGCCACCAAGGAGCUCGAGCCCGAGACAGCCGUGGUGAAGGAAGUUGCUGUUGAGCAGCCUGCCGUCGCUGCUGAAGAGGCCGCAGUUGAAGCGCCUGUUGUUGCUGAGGCUGUCGAAGAGCCAGCACAGAAGGAUGCCAAGGUCGAGGACCUCGUUCCAGAACAGUCUGCUCCUGCCGUGGAGAUCGUUGUUGCAGCUGAGGAACCCUCGAAGGUCGAAACCGUCGAGACCGAAGUUGUGGCUACUCCUGAGCCGGCUACCAGCGCAGAGGAGCCAGAAACCGUGCCCGAGACUUCCGAUGUGAAGGAGUCGGUUCAGCCCUCCACUACUGACGUUGAGGCCUCGGCACCAACCGAGCCCGAGACUAAGCAGGAAGAGACUGCUGCUCCCGUUUCUGACGAAGCUUCUACCAAGGACACCGGCAUCAGCACUGAGGUUCUUGGUGCUGGCGCUGCUGGCCUUGCCGCUACCGCCCUUACUGGCGCCGGCCUGGCUGCUCUUGCUCACAAGGAGUCGGAGACUGCACUGGAGACCUCGAAAGAUCAGAAGGUUCUCCAAGCUACCGAUGCAGACAAGGAACCCGUUACCAAGGCUGAUACCCAGCGCGAGGUUUCCGCAGCCGAUGCACAGCCCACAGACGGUAAGCCAGCACCGUUCUAUCUUUCAUACCAGCAAUCUGCCAUCUCGUUCGAAACUGAUCCCACUCUUGCAGCUCUCGCUGGUGACCGCGAAGCCCUCCUCAGCAAGCUCAACCAACCGUCCACAGACCAACUCUCCACGGCUACCCAGCAACCCUCGGUUACCGUCGAGAGUGCCACCGAGUCCCAGCCUGCCGCCGAGGCCAGCAAGGGAACUGCCGAACCCGCUGCAAAUGCAUCUGACGCCAAGCCUGCCGCCGACAAGACCCUCACGCCCAAGGAUAAUGAUGAAGAUGCUCGUCCACCGAGCCAGAACCGGUCAGUGACUGCUGUUUCUCUAAAUGGUGCACCUGACAGCUGGCUCAAAGCAAUCCUGCGCACUGUGUUUGUGAAUUUCUUUGGGGCAAUCUUUUCACCCUUCCGUCGUGGAAAGAAGUCCAAUUAA